GUUCGGGUGACUUCUGAAAGCUUGGCGGCCCAAAGUGGCCGCAGCAAUGCGCUUGCUGCUUGGCCUUCUGCCACUGGUGCGAUGUGCGCCGUGCGAUCUUCCGGUGAAGCGCAUCGAGCAGGGGGUCUUGCAACGCUCCUCUCCCAGCCAGCAGGAGUGGGCGGCAGCCUUCGACGUCUCUGUCGCAGAGUGGCAGGCAGUGGUCCAAGAUGAGGAAGAGGCUGAAGAGCUGAGGGAGCUACUGGAGCAAGGCUAUACUGACUGGGCUUCGCAGAAGCUGGCAGAGUCACACCUGAGCAUCGAUGUCAGCCAGCGCAACCGGCUGCGGGCUGCGAAGCAGGUCACCGAGUUUGUGCUGCAGAAUUCCAAGAUAGGUGAGCUCUAUGCCAACCGGCGGCUUGCAGAAGCUACACCGCUCUUCUACUUCCUGGGCUUCGGCGUGCCUGAGGAAAUCGCACCCUUCCACCAGGAGUUGCGAACCAUGUGGAAAAUCUCCAGAACCUCCAGGUUUGCGGAUGGCCUUCCCAAGGGAACUAAGGAGUGCCUGGCCCUCUGGCAGCAGGCCACCGCCGCCUCCACAGAGGAGCAGCUUGCCAGACAACUUUGCAAGUGCUCCGACUUGUGGGUGUGCGGCCAGCAUGGGGCUGAGAAGGACUUGCACUUGGUGCGCGUGACCUUGAAGGAGCCGCCCGUGAACCUCCAGGACUUGGACUUGGAGGGCCUGGUGCAGCUAAAAGGCGUGCGCGUUUUGGAGUUCGAAUCUUGCGAGUGGCUGCGAGCAGGAUCCUUCAAGGUGGUGGCAAGUGUGUUCCCCAACGUGCGGACUGUCCGUUUUAUUUCGGCGCAGGAUCUACCAGAUUGGGAUCCUAUUGCGCUGCCGGCUUGGGCUGCUGGCAUCUUUGGACUAGACAUUGAAGUGGUGGGGCCCGCCGUGCCCAGCUGGUUUUGUGGCUUCACGGGCAUCCGGAACCUUCACGUGAGCCCCCACCUCGUGAGCAAGGAGGACAGGGCAGUGAAAAGCUUACCAGCCUGCCUUGGAGCGAUGUCACAGCUCCUACAUGUGAACGUGGUUGGCUGCAACCUCACAGGACCUGAAUCCAUGCCUCCGGAGCUUGGCAAUCUCACGGGCCUCCGGAUGUUCGAGGCUUUUGAGAAUGGCAAGCUCGGCCACGAUGAAGAAGAGCAUGCAUGCCCAGGCGACUGGGUGCCAGACCGCAGCCGCUGUGUGCCUGGCUAUGUGGCACGCGCAGAUGGAACGCCCCCAGUGUGGCGCUGCCCAGUCCACGGCUGGAACAUCCGCCUGGAUGACAUGUCUCUGCCUUGGUGGAGGUGGCGCUCCCUUGAGAAGAUGCACUUGGAUGCCAACUUUAUCCAUGGUGGGAUCCCGGAGGACUUGCCGCAGCACUGGCCGCAUUUGCGCUCACUGGACCUUCAUGACAUGAAUCUGACGGGCCCGCUGCCAAUGUCCCUUACGCAGCUGGAGAACCUGACCCAGCUGCAGGUCCAGCUAAACGAUUUGCACUGCUCUGAUGGUGCCGACGUUGUGGCGGAACUCCUGAUGAAGCCCAAAAUGCGAACUCUCUCCAUGGAUGCGAAUCCAAAGCUUUGCGGGUGUGUGCCCAAAGUCGUCCGACCGCACCUGCGCCUGCAAGUGGGCGAAACUUCCAUCAAAGUGGGCUGUGAUGCAGAGCUUUGACAUGGGAGACACGCCGCUCAUCGCAUCUCGUCGCGGGCCGGUCGUCGCAGCUCCGGAUGGCGGUGGCGCAGUCGGAGGAGUGCUGCCAAAGCUAGCAGCUACAACAAAGCGCCGGCCCAUGGGUUUCUCCAUGCUGUACAUAUAGCUGGCUAUGCAUGUCACAUGCAGCUUGGAUUAGGCGAAGAAAGCAAGUGUC